AACAUCAUAAUUGAAACAAAGCCAGACUUAGAAAGAGCCAAAGCGUUAAAACUGAAUGCUACUGUGGUGAAUCAAUCGGCAAAUCUGACAUUAAAAAUGGCUAUUAAAGUUUUGGAGGCUUUGGAUGAAGCUCAAGCUGCACAAGAUGCUGCAGAAAAUGCAAUUAACAAAGCUAAGAGUGACAUUGAUGCAGCCAAAGCAGAUUUAGUUUCAAUAGCUAUGGAGACAGAGCAAGCACAAAAGAAAGCGAAUGAAACAAAAGAUGAAGUUGAAGGCCUACGACUCCGUCUUUCAGGUUUACAGAAAGAUAUCCUAAAAAUAGAAAGUGAUGCAGAACAAGUCAAGCAGGAGGCAAACGAUGUCGUUAAUAGAGCUGAAAUGGCCGAACAAAAGGCAAGACAGCUUAGACAAGACUUCAAACAGACUAACAUGUCCCUUGCAGAGCGCGCAAGUCAGACAUCAAAUUCUAGAGAGCGAGCGCAGCUUUUACUAAACCGUGCUACAAAACUCGCUAGCGAGACACAGUCGCAACUUAAAGUGCUAGCUAACAUGGAAGAGCUGUAUAACGAUCAUAACGCCCAACUUAACACUAGAAAAGGAAAUAGGGGAGCUUAACACUCUAAUGAAUUACUACCUUUCGGAAAUCACAAAGCGUUCUGAUCAUUAAUACUACAUUAUCAGUUUUUAAAUUGAGUGCCAUAUAGUACCUACUGUAUAGUUCAGUUUUAGUCAUUUUUGAAAGAUGUAGUAUGAUUGCGUCUAAUCUACACUCAACAUCAAAUAAACCGCACCUUCCGCGACGCGCACUUUAAAGAUUUUCUUCUGACACAAUCAUGGUACCCCAACAAUAUUGGUGUUAUUUAAAAGCCCAAUAAAUAUCCUUAAAGAAAAACACAUUUCGUUUCUAAAUAAAUGAUUAACAUAUACCAUAAAUGUGACUUGAAAAUAGACCUCACUUUGGGCUCACCUCUGGGAUCAAUUAGACCAAUUUUUAUGGUUAUAAAACCAAAUAAUGAUAUCACGUAUCCUCUUCAACAGAUGGAUAGCAAUUAAUCCCAACUUAACAGUUUUAUAGUCAUAAAAAAUGGCUCAAGCGUAACUACCUAUUUUUGGAACAAGUGACUCUGGAUCCUUCUAAAGACACAUUUUUGGGGUAAAAACCUUUCCUUUAAUGAAAUGAAGUUUAGAACUAGGCUUUUAAAUGGUGCCAAUAUUGGUGGGAGGGAUGCAUACGUUUGAAAGUGCUUGUCGCGGAAGGUGCGAUUUAUUUGAUGUCGAGUGUAUUAUGUCCGAAUACUUAUGUAUAAUAAUGUAAUGUUAUGUAAUAUUUCAUUUUUUUUAAUAACUUAUGUAUAGCCCGACCAGGAACAUAAAAACCCCCGCCAAGUUGCGGAAAACUAAUGGUACUAAUUUCUCUUAAUGGCAACAGUAACUAAAAACUGCAUUGACAUGUCACCUUGCAUGUCAAUAAUUUAACUGUCUAUUGCUGUCAAAGUGUAAACAAACUUUAUUUUAAAUGUGUGCAAUUGAUUUUGUGAAUUAAAUUGCUAAUAAAAACUUUUUAUAGCCGUGAAAGAAAAGUGGUUCACAAUGUGUUAAGGUCUUUGUCGAAGAGAAAUACUAAGGGUUCGGACAAUAUUUUCAUUGAAUAAUGUUUCCGACAAAGGUUGUCAAAUUGACUGACACAUUUAUCGUAUAGUACAGCCACUAUGAAAAUUAGCUGUGGUUUGUUUCAACUACCUAUUUUAAAGUUUUUUGUCACUUUGUAAGUGUUGAAUUUUAUGGAAUUGGGAAAGAGUACAGAGUUUGAAGCGUUCAUGAGCAAACAUUGUAGUUCUGAAUUUGAUUAUUGAUGAAUAAUAAAAUAAAUCCUACUAGCUCGA